GGCGCGUAGUGCGCAGCCGCCUUCUCCCCUUCCCCGCAUGUGAUGAGGCUUCAAGGGCCAUCACGUGAGGCGGGCAGAGAGCGCGCGGGUGGGGCCGGGUUCUGUGGAGCUUCGCGAGGAGCAAAGUGCGGCUGCAGACUGGGCAGGACUCAACGGGCUUGAACAGCCAUGCCCAAGUAUUGCCGUGCUCCGAACUGCUCCAACACUGCGGGCCGACUGGGCGCUGACAACCGCCCUGUGAGCUUCUACAAGUUCCCACUGAAGGAUGGCCCCCGGCUGCGGGCCUGGCUGCGGCACAUGGGCCAUGAGGACUGGGUGCCCAGCUGCCACCAGCACCUGUGCAGUGAGCACUUCACACCUUCCUGCUUCCAGUGGCGCUGGGGUGUGCGCUACCUGCGGCCUGAUGCAGUGCCCUCCAUUUUCUCCCCAGCGCAGCCUACUGAGAAGCAGCAGAGUACCCGAAGCACCGAGAAGCCAGUCGUGUCUCCCUCCCCACCAGACGUCACGCCCCCGACCCCUGGCCCAGCUCUCUCGGCCCCUGGCCCUGUGCACCUUGUGGUACUAGGGCCAGCACCCAGAGGCCCCGAGGCCGCAGCCACCGUGUUCCUGGCCCCCCUGAUCCUUCCUCCUGCUCCUGCCAGGCCACGGCCUGGAGUUCGGGCCCAGCACCCUCUGGCCGGGCUGGGCACUAUCCUGGGAGCGCUGCAACGUCGUGUGCGGAGGCUGCAGCGGCGCCAGGAGCAGCACCAGGUGCAGCUGCGGGCUCUAGAACAGCUGGCGCAGCAGCUGUGCAAGGAGAGCCUGCCGGCUGGGCGCACCAGGACCUGCUCUGCCUGGUGAAUGUGGCCACCUGGCCCCCGUGGCAUAUGUAUUUUCACUUAAAAGUCAGAACAUUUCAUUCAUGUUUCCACAUUUCUGGCUUUUCUUGAAAAAAAAGUCAGUUUGGCAAUGCCUACCCACUAUUGGUCAGAGCAGGGUAAUGGCUGUUCCAUAUAUUAAUAAUAUUUAAGGGGCCUUUACUCUCUGCCAGACAGAGUUAAUAACUUAUUGAAAACUCACUGUGACCUUGGUACUGCGGUUGUCCCCAUUUUUCAGAUGAAAAGUCAGGCACAAAUCUCGCCCAAAGUCAGGCAGCCAGUAAGUUGCAGAACCUCGAUUCAAAUGGUUAGAGAGCUCCUGCCUGGACCCUGUGGAGCGUGAGUUUGCAGCCCAUCUAGUAGAGUCUCCCGAGCCCUAUCUAAAGGCGCUUUUGCUCCUAUAGUUUACUUCUGAAUAUUGGAGGAGGGCAUUGUGUCUUUAAAAGUUUGGCCAGGCCUUUUCCCUGCUUCAAACCCUAGGGCCAACUUUGAGGUCCCAGGGCUCUCAGCCCUGCCUGGACAAGAGAUAGGAAGGGGUUUCAAAAAGGAGCCCCCAAAGUAGCUCUGUGGCUAAGGUGUCUCUGCCUGCUGGCCAGUAGGUUGUACACAGCUAACAGAUACGAUUUUUUCUGGCCUCAGUGGUGCUUUAAAAUAAUUUUUGGUCUUUCCUGAAGGCUCAGCAGAUUUAGCAGCAGUCAGCUAGGAACAGUCAGCUAGAACUGCAGUGUGGCUGCCCCUGGAGGCUUUGUGUUUGAGACUGUGGCCUAACCAUGCUGGGGCACAAGAGGGACAUACAGAGUGUAGGGACAGACCUCAGACUCAGGUCUGGGAUUCUUCAGCCUGCCAUGGUCCCUGGGCCGACAGUGUCUCUCUGCCUCCCCUGCCCCCAUUCAAUCCAUGUGUUUCAAUCUCCUCCUCUCUCCUCCCACAUUCAUCUUUAUGUUUCUGAUGCCCUAUCUCUCUUCCCUCCUGUCUCUCCAUUUCCCCAUGUCUCUCUUCAUCUGCAUCUUUCUGUGUCCCCCAUCUAUGUCUCUCUCUGUCUUCUCCUGUGUUUGCCUAUCCCCAUAUCUGUCUCUGGACACCCCCCCCCCCCCAUUUCCCUGUUUCUCCAUACCUCUUUAUUCCCCCAUGAAUGUCUCUCUGGCCUCACAUUUGUUUCCCUGUCUCCCCACAAAUCUCUGCCCACAUCUCUCUGUGUUCCUUGACACCCCCCUCCCACAUCACCCUCCAUGUUCCUCACCAUUUCUUCCCCCCUUUUCCUUCCUUCCCUCUCUUCUUCCCUCCCCUCAUUCCCCUGUGCUCUCCAUCUCUAUCACUUCUUUGUCUGGGAAUGCCCAGCUCCCUGGAUGUGAGGAGUCCCAUUAUCUGUGGAGGGGCUGACAUAGGUGUGGUCCUUGCCCAAAGUCCUGCACUUCUCACACUGGAUGCCAAGCCCGAGCUGCUGGACACUCAGACCCCCAAUGCAUAAGGACCAGGAUGGAUAAUGUUGCGGGACAGGUGACAGAAGACAGAGGAAGAGCCACUCAUCAUACAUGAGUCUGCCUAGCCUCACCACCCAUGCCUGGGCCAUUGCAGCUCCCUCAAGGGUCUGGUUCCAAGUACCCCCUCCUAAGGGACCCCUUGAACCUUGGGGCUGACCAAGGCCCAAGCCUCAUCAGUCCCUGUUCCCCUUGGUGCCAGGUUCCUGCCAUUCCUAGUUUGAACCUUUGCAGAGCAGAACAAGAGUUGUUUAUUUGGGGAGAAUUCUACCUGGUUCUCAUACCCUUUGUGAAGUCUGGCGCUGAGCUGGGUGUACAGCAGUGAACACAGCUGACAAAGUCCUGCCCUCAUGGUGUUUCUAUUCUGCUUGAGUAGAAUAUAAACCAGUCAACUAAUAAACAAGAUAAUUUCAGAUUGUAA